CCUUCUCUCUCCAUUUGAAAAUGUUAACAGCUUUGCCCCUAAAAGCCUAACGGCUCAUAGCGUUUAAAUGAUUUUGAUCUCUCUGAUUAAGUAUAGAUUUAGGUCCAAUCCACCAAUCCCUUCAAUCGCGAGCUUUUCAUCUUUUGUUAGAAUUUUUUUGGGGGGCUCAAAUCAAUAUGAAACCAAACCGUAAAAUCAAGAAACUCGAAUCGCACUCGAAGCUGGUUUUGGAGGAAGUUAUCGGACUGACCACGAAGAAUGCCAGUGGAUUGGCCUCGAGUAUUUGCAGCACAAAAUGCGUCUACGUGGCGGGCUGUGUGGUGGUCGUUUACGAUGUGGAUGAUUACACUCAAUCACACCUCACGGUCUCCCAUCGGACGCCUAAGCCCCUUAGCUGCGUUACUGUAUCGCAGGAUGGGCGUUUUGUAGCAGCUGGAGAGUCAGGGAAUCAACCUGCAGUCUUAGUGUGGGACUACACAACUUUGAGCUUUAUAUCUGAGCUGAAAGGCCAUCUAUUUGGAGUUGAAUGCAUAUGCUUCUCUCCUGAUGGUGGACAUUUGGUCUCUGUUGGAGGAUAUAUUUAUCUUUGGGAUUGGAGGAAUGGGACGCUGAUUACAAAACUCAAGGCAAGUUCUUCUUGUUCUACUGUUACAUCUGUGAGUUUCUCAUCAGAUGCCAAAUUCAUUGUUACUGCUGGAAAGAAACACUUGAAGUUCUGGACAAUUGGAACAUCUCCAAGGAGCAGAUCAAGUAAAGAGUCGGGAUCACUAACAAUACAUGGAAAGCCUGUUGACCUUGGACUUCAGAAAGGAAGCUCUUUCGUAUCAGUCACGUCUUCCUUCUGGACUAAUUCUAACAUUGUAAAUAAUGGACAAGCUGGCGAAUUUUUUCCUAUAUAUGCACUGACUUAUGCAGGUGUUUUAUGUCUCAUACAUUCUGGGCCAUCAGUUAGAAAUUCUGUGGAUUUGAAGGUGGAAAAGGGUUUUGCUCUAUCUGCAUCAGAAAAACUACUUGCUUGUGCAUGCAGUAAAGGACUAGUACAGCUCUUUAGUGUUGAUAGCUUAAAAUAUGCUGGAAGCAUACUGUAUUCAGAAGCCAAAAAAAUCAAUAUGGAGAAUGAACUUAUUUGCCAUGAUGGAGUUAGUAAAAACGAUUUUCAACCUGCAUCCACUCUUCCUGAUGCAGUUGCUUGUCAGUUCUCAACAACAGAAAAGCUUGUGGUUGUUUAUGGAGAUCAUAGUCUCUAUGUAUGGAACAUCAGUGAUUUGAAUAAGGUUACCAGGUCCUAUGUGCUACUCUCACAUUCUGGGUGCAUAUGGGAUAUCAAGAAUCUUUGCUGUGAAAACCUGCAUGAUCCAUCUUCUGCAUGUGUAGCCAGGGGCUGUUCUGGUGGGGUUUCCUUUGCAACAUGCUCAGCUGAUGGUACUAUCAGAUUGUGGGAUCUCGCCUUGCAACCUGAUUCAUUAGACGUUCAUGUGGACUAUAAUCCUUUGAACAGUCAAACAGUGGGCACUGCACAUUUAGUAAGUGCUGGAAUUUUUGAACGCGAUACUUUGGAGACAAGUAUUAGCAGUCUAGGCUUCCGGUCAUUGGCUGUUAGCCAGGAUGGAAAAUAUCUGGCUGCUGGUGAUUGCAAGGGGAAUCUGCACAUCUAUGACCUACAUACAUCUGAUUACACUUGUCUAAAUGAGACUCAUGAUGCUGAGAUCCUCUCUUUGAGCUUCAGGUUGUCAAGCACAAAGGAUGCUGAUUCUGAAGAAAUUGAUUGCAAUUACUUCCUUGCUUCUGGUGGACGGGAUCGAGUAAUCCACCUUUAUGAUGUGCAGAGGAAUUUUGAUCUUGUGGAGACUAUUGAUGAUCAUUCUGCUGCUGUCACUUCGGUGAAACUUGCCUGCAAUGGCUAUAAGAUUCUCAGUUGCAGUGCUGAUAGAUCCUUGGUGUUUCGUGGCGUUGCUGUAACACAGGAUGGAUAUAAGAUUUCACGUCAUCAUCAUCAAGUGGCGUCUCAUGGAACUGUCUACGACAUGGCUGUAGAUCCAACGAUGGAGAUUGUUGUUACUGUUGGUCAGGAUAAAAAGGUAAACAUAUUUGACAUAGCUUCUGGAAGGCUUAUUAGAUCACUAAAGCAAGAUAAAGACUUUGGAGAACCAAUAAAGGUUAUUAUGGAUCCUAGUGGCUGUUAUCUGAUUUGCUCAUAUUCCACCAAGUCAAUCUGCAUGUAUGACUUUUUUAGCGGAGAGAUUGUCGCUCAAGCCAUGGGGCAUGGUGAAGUGGUGACCGGCCUCAUUUUCUUGCCUGACUGCGAGCAUGUUGUUUCUGCAGGAGGUGAUGGUUGUAUCUUCGUAUGGAAAGUGCCUGCUCGUGUGUCUUCUAAGAUACUGCAGAAGGUCAGGGAAAAUUGUCAUACAGUGUCACCAAGAGCCUUGGUCCGACCUGUGGCUUUUAAACAAAUUGUGAAUUUUGAAGAAGAAGAUCAGCCAAGAGAUUUAUCACAACUAGAGUACACCAAUCAUAUAGAGAAAAAAGAGCAUUCUCAUUGGGAAAGCUCAUGCACUACCGCUUCAUUUAAGUUUAGCGUCUCUAGACUCCCAAAGUGGGCACAAGAUAAAGUGACAGCAUAUGAUAUCGUUCCCAUAAAACUAGAUUGCAUUUCUUCCCAGCAAGAAGACCUGAAAAUUUCCUCGCCUUCGGAUGAUGAUGAUGGAGGUUAUGCUUCCGUAUACCACGAAAUUCGAACUCCCAAUAGCUAUGCUAGAGGCAGCAAGUCAAGCCUCCAUAAUUUGUCUCAAAGUUCUGCUGAUACAAACAAAAGCCAAACUUCAGCAUUUUCAGAUGUUAGCAUUGAGAUGAACAAUCGUUGGCUUUUUGUUUAUACUGUGUGUGCGGAUCUAGAUUCUCCUGAGGUGCAGAGUUUAAACGAUGUGAAGAGAACAUCAUUAUCAUCAAAUCUGUUAGCACAGAUGAUGAAAGUGGUUAUAAAUGUGAAGAUGCCAUAA